CAGGACACUCGUCGCGAAAAGUUCUCUGACUGUAAAAGUUGUUCGAUUCAUAAAAUAAUUUUCAGUGGUAAUUUUCCAUAAAUUAGAACUUUUUCUGAUUCUUUGUGCCUUAUUUUUACUUUGGGAUCUAUAAUGAUUGGCAUCUGGCACAACCAUGAGAACACGAUCGCAAUGAGUACCGGCGCCUGUCGCGGCCGAUAGUACCACUCGCGCCCGCUUGUACCCUCCCCCUCUCGCACCCCGCAGCACCGGGGCAGACCCGCCGCCGGCAUGGGGCGCGACAAGAAGUCCCCACACAAAACCGACUCACAGAAAUCCAGCACUAACUUAGUUGGGAAAUUCACCCAGAGCGUCAGACGCAUUGUUCAAGAUGUCAAAGAUGAGGCCGCUUCGAGCGGGCAGACUAAAGAGGAGGUGAUAGAGACUAAUGAACGUCUUCGAGCUGUUCGCAUUCGUCUCGACGAGAACUAUGACACAGCUAAGAAGGCUCUAGUUACCCUGAUGGCGAGAUACAACGAGUCAAAGGCACAGAGGAACGUGUUCACAAGAUAUGCACUACUUAAGGCUAUGAUCAAGGAUGUAAUACGCUUAGAAACUCAAUACUGGUCUCUUGUGGAGAUCCCAAAGCAAGAGAAGGCUGAGACCGUUCCAGCCUUUGUGCUGCGAGCGUGUGCUAUCAUGGAGAAGACACAGAAGUCUGGUGAGGGCGUCAAGACCUCGGCCAAGUUGGCUGAAGAAGCUGCCGAGAAACGCGAACGCUUGGAAAGACUCAAUGAUAUGACAACAUCACAGAUAGAAACGGAGAACACACAAAUGACAAACGAUCUAUAUCGUCUGUUGAAAAAAUACACGGGAUUAAGAAAUUUGAUACGCGAGCUAAAGAAAGACUACGUGAGUUCCAAGUUGUACCCAAUGUUUCCGAGGUACACUAUGCUGAAGGACAUGAUAAAGGACAUAAUGCACGAUCCAGACUACAUGGAAGUGUGCCACGAGGUAGACCCGUAGCGCGGGGUGCGCAAAUAGACGAGGUCUUCUUUCUCUGAGCGAGCUGGCUCGAGGCGCCGCACCCGAUAGUGACGACUGACUUGAUGGGUUACCACUUACAUCCGAGCUAAUGUUACCUUAGUGUGAUAUCCCGUGUUAAUUUGGCAAUAUCCGUCACCGAUCUCAUGUUCUGUCCCACUGCCAAACGUUAGUCCAAAGCCCACAUAACUUUUGAGCCUUGCGAGAAAUAUACUUUAGGUUCCGAGCAGAAAGCUUUUAGCUUCUUUUAAGUGCGGUUUGAUCAAGAGUAUUUAUUUUAGUUUAUUAAAUUGACAAUAGCCUUGGUGACCAAAGAAAGAAAUAUAUCAAAGAGCGAGUUUUGUUCGCUCUCUCAUCGCGGUUGAUAUUGAAAUCAGCUAUAGAUUUAUUAAACGCUUAGAUACUGUUAAUGGCUUACUACGAAUUUAUUGGAUUUUGCAAUCCUAAGCUUAACAUCCAAUAGAAAAAAUGGCAUUACAAUUGUUAAGUUUUUUGUUUAUGUUGAUUCGCUACAAUUAUAAGGCAGAAUCGUAGGUCAUUAUACCAAUUUAGAGCCAUCCUCGAGAUAAAUUUUGAAUAAUUGGAGAUAAGAAUUGAUGGAUUAUUGUAUUAAAUUUAUCUGAUUAGAUUUUUCUCAGUAAUUUGGAUGUAGUAUUUUUGGUUCUUCUGAACGAACACAAAGCUCGAAGCUGAACACGAUGGGCAAAGAUCACCUUUCAAUAGGUGAAUGCCACAAAACCAACCAAGGCUAAUAUGGAGAAGAGGACGUUUCAAGAGCGGCUCUUAUAAAUCAAGGUUAUUGUUAUCUUCAAUCAAAGUACAAGUGUUUUAGUUUCUAAAAUAUUAACAUAUUAUGUAAUAGACGUAGAUCACAUGCAAAUAGAAUCCUUUUUAGACCUUAGAAAUAAAGCCCACCAUUUAAACUAGUCUUUGCAGGAUUUUUUUCUAAGUAAGUGGUAAUAGAUAAGUGGAGCUUAUUGGAUUGCCGGCCGUGAAGAGACUUUAGUAAGUUCUCGUUUAUUUUGCGCUGGUUUUGCAAUACUUUUAGAAAAUUAAGACGUCAUUGUUACCAUUUUAAAACAUUUAAAAAUGUCGUCAACAUCUAUAUCGUCAUCAUAAAGUUAUAAGUUACAUCGUAACAUAGAGUUAUUUUUUCUUUACUAAAAAUGAAAUAAGUAUCUAUUUCAACUGAUUACUAUUCGCUCUGUAAGUAGCGCACUAGAAUUCUAAUAAUAGUGAUAGGUAGUAUAUAUAUAUAUAUCUGUUCAUUUCUCCCCACAACACAACGUACAAUAAUUCAGAGUAAAAAAGUGUAACAUUUUUAACUGUUUCUAUUAGUGAGGCGCUGGUGUCGGAAGUAGACUGACCCUGUAUCAUCAAGACAUCAUCCCUAGAUAUUAUCAGAAUCGCAGUUUGAAAACGUUAGACAAUUGUACCUACUGCAGCAAAAAAGGCAUUAAAAAAUAUUUUUUUCUACGUUUUUACAUACUUUUUCACUUUACAUACAUGACUUAAUUUAAUCAUAAUAUCAUGAUGAAUAUAACUAUAAAACCUACCUAUUUUAAUUACUCUCAUUAUUCUAUUGUACUUGAUUGUCUUACUCGAUAUUUAUAAACAGCAUUGCUUUAAACCUGCUUCAUUCAAUGUCAAUCAAUUGUCACUGUCAUGUAUUAGCUUAGCAUCUACUCACGAGUACUUUGAUAAUAAUUGUUGGCUACACUGAUCAAGGUCGGAAUGCGCUUCUUUGAUUCUUGAUUUGAAUUGUAUUUUGUAUCCCUAUCUUAUAAUAUUCUAUUGUUAGAGUUAUCAUUAGCGAAUCGAUAAUGACUAGCAAGAAUGCAGUUCUCGUGAUUUUGUAUUCAGACAAUUGUUAUAAUUAGUGUGGGUAAUGGAAAUACACGUUCUGAAGUUACUAAGUACUACAUUAUUCUUGCCAAGAUUUGAAUGAUAUACACAAAUUCAUUUAUUUUAUAAUCUAUGUAAUGCGUGCUUUUAAAGUCCCAACAUUGCAACAGAAAAGAAAUCAUAAUUGAGUUGUUUUAUUUCAUACCUACAUUCUUCUACGCCGUAAUUAAAAUAAUCCACAUUAUCAUGCCUUUUAUAGCGUCCAAAAAUACAAAUAGUGCAUUUGUAUGUCAGCAAUAAUUGUUGUAGAGUAUUGUCAUUCGUAAAAAUGUCUAAAACCUAUAUAUUUUAUUUAAUCAAUGGUUUGAUAUGUUAAUACUAGGAGAUGUAGGUUCUAAAAUAAUUUAAAACAUUUUAUAAACGACGAGGUGAGUUUUCAUAUAGAAAGUUUAAUAUAGAAUAAAUAUUAAAUUGUUGUAUAUAAUAAUGAAGGGACAGCAAAUUGGUAACCACAAAAUUAUCGAGAAUCUGUGCUUAUAGAAGAUACUGAUCUUUGUUAAUUUUGGUAGAAUUAAUGUAAUUUACCGUAACUCUACAUUUCCAGGAUAUUUGUUUUAACAUUUAUUUAAAACCAAAUAAAAAUAUUUCCUCACAUAUCAGUUAUAUAUCGCAGGUAGACUUACAUAUCCCCAUUUAAUAUCUUUACUCAAAUUGUAUCAGUAAACACAUAAUCUAACUAAUGUAGGAACUUGAAUGAAGCUUGAAUUAUUAUUAGGAUUGUUUUUUGUACUUAUUAUUAUAUUAAAAUAUAUAAUCAUAAUAUAUAAGCUGUAGUAUUAUAAUACAUAUACAAUUUAAUAAAAUGGACUUGUUAUACAUAUCAAAUAUAAGAAAUUUCGCUGAUAAAUUAUUACCUUAUAAGUUUUAUUUAACCAUAUAACUUUUGAUAUUUUGUAAAGAUUUUGAGGCGUGUUGAACACUAUUAUCUUAAACGAUUUUCAUUUGUUUUUAAUUGUUAUUAUUGCUUAAAUUAAGUAAUUCGAUUGAAAUUGCCUUGUCAAUAGGACUCGCAUAUUGCGACUUAAAACAAAAGUUGAGUUGAAUUUACACAUAGGUAAAUUUUGUUGUCAAUGCAGUUAGUUAAGUGGAGUCUUUCCAGAUUUAAUAUUAUGCGAUGCUGAUGGAUAGCGUUAUUUUUACCAUUUUUUAUGCCUUAACAAGAUACUUAAUCUUUUGAAAACAAGUGCUUACACAAUAUACGAAAAAACGGAGGAGGUUCUCAAGUUGACGCGUAUUUUUUUUAUUUUCUUUGAUAGAGACGGUGCCAAACAAUAAAAAUUAGUCAAUUACGUAAAGUAUGAGGCGCGACUCAAAAUUAUUUAAACAGUAUCUAAGCUAAAUAAAUGUUAUCAUAUUAUUUUUGCUUUUCAGUUUUUCAGAUGGUUUAAUUUUCUUGUUUAAUUUUACCAUAACUUUGUAAACCAUAAUUUAUUUUAAAAUUUCAACAUGUAAUGCAUCUUGGAGUCAAUUUUAAAUGGGAUGUGUUUACUUUGUGGAUUCAUCAUAGCAGAUUCUUAUAUUGUAUCGAAGACUUUCUAUUGAAUACAAAACACACAAUAUAAGGCUAAAUCAUAAAAAUUUCGGAAGUGGCAUUCUUGUCACAUAUACAAGUUUAUUAAAAUAUAUUUAAUCUCUAUUACAUAUCCUUAAAAUUAUUUUAGUUUUAGGCUGUACAUUCCCGGGUGCGUGUGAACUUGUAUUUUUUAUAAUGUUAACUCUUACAUAAAUAACUAUUAUACAGGGCGUCCCAAAAUAUGGGACAUGAACGGAAAGUACCUUAAAUAUCGUGUAUAGGGUAUUUUAGUGAAAGAAGACUUUAAAUUAUUUUUAAAAGUUAGUAAUUCUGCAUUCAAAGAUUUUCUAAAAAUUACUUACCUCGUCUAUGUAUCGAACCGACUAGAAUGUAUAAAAAAUACCCCUACUUUUAUGGUGCCAAUCGAAAGAAUGGCCAAAAACUAAUAACUCUUCUGAAGUAACAUAGUAUUUUAAAAGAAAGUAGUCAAUUAAGAGGGUAUUUUUUUGUAAAUUAAUUACUUGAAUGCUCAAAAUGUGAUCUUACGCAAAUCGCCAAUCUUUUAAUGCGUCCGCUGCCUGUUGAUUUUCUUAUCAUUUUAUGGUGAAUACUCGAUAUGAUAUGGCACAAUUCUGUUUGUAACUCGCCCACUUGUUUGUUCUCGUAUCGCUUUUUGUAUGGCAUAUCUUUCACGUAUCCCCAAAAGAAGAAAUCUACUGGUGUAAGGUCCGGGGAUCCUGCCGGCCAUCUAAUCGGUUCAUUCGUACCAAUCUAAGUUGGAAAACAUGCGUUUAGAAAAUCUGCUGCUCUCCGACUAUUAUGAGCCGGAGGUCCAUAGUUUUUGGCCAUUAUUUCGAUUGGCAUCAUAAAAGUAGACAUUUUAAAUUUAAGUCGGUUCGAUUCCCAGACGAGGCAAGUAAUAUUUAGAAAAUCUUUGAUUGUAGAAUUACUAAUUUAAAAAAAAAAACAUAAAGUCUUCUUUCAGUAAAGUACCCUAUCUUCGAUAUUUAAGGUACUUUCCCUUCAUGUCCCAUAACUUUGGGACGCCCUGUAUACUACUAUAUUUAUAGUCAUACAUAAACUUUUCUAGACAUUUCUAUAUGAGCUGAUGUUUUUGUUGCACAAUAAAGUAUUUUGAUGUUUAUUGUUAUGGUACCAGGAAAUUAGAAAAAUUAUAAUAUAAUAUACAAUAAUAUAGACAUUUGUUCUUUAAUUUAAAUCAUUUAUUUUACAUGGCCUAUUCGCAUAAACUAUAAUAUUACCUUAUAUAACGCUUUUGUAGCACUUAUACAAUUAACAGAAAAUUUUAGCUAUAAGAAAUGAUGUAGAUAAUGGCAAAUGAAAGCUAAUAGUGAGGUUACCAUAACUAAUUCAAUUAUAUAAAUCUAUAGUUUGUUUGUUAUAUCAAAUAUUACAUUAGGAAAUAUAUAAUGUAUGUAGUAUUAGGGAUAUUGGUGUAUUUAAACGUAGCUUAUUAUGUUUUAUAUUGCUGGAAGUUGUUUAUUUUAAGAAAUAAUUAUAUAUCUUAUUGUCUAAAACACUGCCAAGAACAACAUUUGUACGGUGUCGUUAGUAAUAUAAAGUUAGAGGUAUUUAGUGUGUACCUGACUGUAUCGUAUUAUUAAGAAGGUAAUUAAUAUAUGUAGCAUGACUAUAUUAAUAGUCAUUAUUGUUUAAGGACUCUGCCCUACAUGCGAGUCACGUUACCUCCCCGAUUCAAUCACACUUCGGCCGUCAACCUGAGAUUUAAAAAUGAAAUAUCUGUGUUAAUGUUAAUAUAAGUUAAUAAUUGUUAAUGUUAUAUACAGUGUCGUUUUAUUAAGAUCUCAAUCGCGAGAGUAUAGGGCACGAGAAGUUCAAACAGUCUGAAGUGUCUAUAUGAUAUUAAAUGCAUUAAUUCUAAAGGCCAGACCGCAUUAGAGCGGCGCGUCGCUUCACGUUGCUCGAUGGUACCUACCUACCGCAUCAAAACUUUAGUAAGCGGCAGCUCGCGUCAAUUCUAUACCAGUAGUAGGCGAGCAACAUUACAAUAUAAACGAUAGUGAUGAGGAAAAAUAACGAAGUAUGGUAGAGAAAUAAAAAUAAGAAGAAAUGGAAUUGCUGACAUACCAAGGUCACGCUUUCAAGAAGGCGAAUAUCACAAUUUGUUUCCUCGCCUUCUCAAUGACUCUGUACGAUUUUACACUUACUUUAGAAUAUCGAAGACAAAAUUUAAUAAAUUUAUCAAUUAACAGUAUGCAUACUGAAGCGACGCGCUACUUGCUGUGGCGCACUGCGCGUCAAAAUAUUCUCUCGGAGGCAAUUCUGCCGCGACGCGCAGUGUAGCACCGCUCUAGUGGGACAUGCACAAUACAAAAUGAUUGAAAUAAUAUCGUGACACUUUGUGCCGCACGGUGCAGCGCUGAGCGGCGCAGCGGUAAUGCGGUCCGCCUCAAAACAUCAUGACGUGUUCGUAUUGCCAUUCCUCACCAGUUUUGGCUAUCAGCAACCUCAAGUUCGUAACAUAUCUAUCAUUAGAUAAUAUAAUAUUUGUUAGUGUUAAAUAUUGGUAGUUACAAUAUUAAUCAUACUAAUAUAAGUGUUGUCUGCUAACCAAAUAUAACAAUUUAAGCGCAAAGUAUGUUUAUUUUGUCUGAUAUCUAUAAUG